UAUACUUGUCAUUAUCAUCAUUAUCAUCAAUACAUCAUUCAUUAUAAUCAUUAUAAUUGUAAACUCCUCUCCCUCCUUAUCACCCCCACACUAUUAUCAUCAUCAUAUCAUCCUUGUCGUCUCACUGUAGACGCGUACACAAGGGGAGGCUCUUCUUUCACUUCUCUCUGUGUCCCUUCGCAAACCGGUUCUAGUUUUGAUGUUUGAAACCAACUUCUUGGUUCCAAUGUUGUUAUUUAGGUGUACAUCGUCGUAAAAAAAACUUCUGGGUCGAGGUUUCCAAAGGUGUCACUGGUAACGGCUGAUUGUUGAUGAAAUGAGCCCAAUUGUCCUUGCAAAUGUCUUCGUAGCAGUAGUUUGUGUCGUCUAUUUUUGUGCCAUCUCUCUUGGGAGCAUACAAAAUUCCACUGACAGCUAUUCUGGAGCUGGGCCAGCGACCUUUGAGUGCAUUUACACAGUUUUUCCAUGUUAACAGCGAUUUCAUUUACACGCAGUUUUCUUAUGUCAUUUGUGCCUGAAUGUACAAUAAUGUGUUCAUAAUCGUUCCUGUCGUCGUCCAUAGUUUGUAUGUAUUGUAGAAGCUCUUUCGUUCCUCCCGCGACGUAUUGUUUAUUAACGAAACAAUCUGGACAAAAUCGCCGUUGUUAUUCCUCGCAGGAUCGAAUCGCCGAUCAAUAGAAUUGGACCUUUUGCUUCACUGGUCUCGGGCUUGGUCCUGUUUGCGUCCAUCCUAGUUUGUCUGGUCGGACUGGUCUGCUCCAAUGGUUUUGUAUUUGGACGUCCAUUAUGUUGUCUUUUCCAGGUCUCACUGGCUCUUUUACCGCGACCAUAUAAAACCCAUGACUGCACAUCCCCCCCCCCCCCCCCGUUAGUCAAUCCUGGGUACGCGCCUGCAUUGAGCAUCGCCAUCAUUCUUUACCUAACCAGUUAUUUUAUCAUCAUCUUCACCGCAAAUCAAUUGUCACAUACAUCCAAUAUGAAUUUGUAGAAAGAUCUUAUAACACAAGAGCCAUAUAGCCCGGAAUUGACGAAGGGGGGAAGGGGGUACGCAGACAUGUAUCAUAGGAGAAAGGGGUUUUUUGCUCUUUACACGCCUGACAACACUUAAAGGUUUCAGCUCCUUACUUGUUCACCGAUGGGUUGCGGGGCGAGCAAAACUCUCACCACCCCCCACGGUACUGAGGAACAUCUGACUAAGAAGAGCCAGUCGGACAAUGGCAACCAGUCAUUUGGUGGCAACAGAUCGAGGCUGACUGAGCGACAGAUUAAACUUGUACAGGAUACCUGGAGACUUCUUAUACCUAGCCAGAAGAAGACUGCGAUGAUCUUUUAUCUCAAGCUUUUUACGCUGGAUCCAAUCUUCAAAGAAGUCUUCUCAUUCCACACGGAAAACGAGGGGCAGCUUGAACAAGACGAACGAUUUCUAUUCCAGAGUCGAAAGUUCAUGGAGAUGAUCAACUCGGCAGUAGAUCGCCUAAAUGACAUUUCUCUCUUAGUUAUGAUCCUGAAAUCCUUGGGCGAGGUCCACUGGACCAAGUUCAAGAUCAAGCCGGAAUACUACGAGCCUGUUGGAAAAGCCUUAAUAUAUUCAAUAAGCAAAGGGCUUGGAAGCCUUUUUAAUGACGAAAUCGGAGAGGCCUGGCAAGCAAUGUACGACCUGAUGUCUGGGGCCAUGAUAUCAGGAACAAAAGCAGUGCAGGCCAGAAGCCAAAAUUCACUAUAGCUAGGGCCAUCUACUGUAGAAAAAGGAAGCUCAGGUCCAAAUCAGCAACUGCAACAACAAGGGACACAGAUAAAACACCGUUGCCUCGAUUAUAACAACAAACACAGAAGAAGAACCUACAAAACCAAGACAAUGUAUAUUUGUAAAAAUUCUCGACAUUUUUUUGUUGUUGCUGUUAUUGUAUGAAGUUGUAUUUUUUAUUUUAUACACACUGCCGUAGCAAGAUUUGAAAUAUUUGAGGGGCACAAUAUAAAAAAAAAAGAAAAUAUUGGGGGCACAGCCACGCCCCUACUGGUUAUUUCCGAUAUAUUUUUAAAUAUUUGGGGCACGUGCAGUGCACGUGCACCUCCAAAUUUACACCUAUUUCAAUAAAUUUUGUCAGUGCAAAUGGCGAAUGGCAAUUGGCAAAUAAUGGCAGUUCUAAUUCCGUAUCACUUUUUAUGUGUAUAAAUUUGUAAGAAUAAAGAUGACAAGUAAUGUAAUCGCAGACAUUUUCCUACAUUGAGUAGAAAUUUGACGAGUUCCACUGUUCAAUGAUAUUUUUUGAUAGCAGAACUGACAUUUGACAAUUGGUAUUUGCCAUUUGCACUAACAACAUAUUUUGAAAUAGGUGUAUAUUUAUCACAAAGCAAGGAGAUUUUUAUCUUCAUCUUAUUAACAUAGACCCGUACCCAGGGGGUGUUACGGCCAAAAGUUCACUACUUUCGGUUCUCAAUAGACGUGCUAUUUCUAGGCAAAACUAUAAAGCAUAAGCUAGA